AUGAAGCCUGUACUGAAGAGACAUAUUUUCUGGUUGGUCAUCUUCAUGGCCUUUGCAUUAUCAGAAAUGCCGGUGUCAGCUCUGGAUCUGCACUUACCUGGUAACAAUCAGCCUCGAUGCGCUGGGAUAUCAAGAGGUAAACACUUUGUUCUUGGAUUUAUUGAUAGUUACGAUGACAGCCACGUCGCAUCCAGGGAGCUGUUCAUUUUGGUGGUGGCUUUCAGUAAUCAGCAAACCACAGUCACCAUCAGCAGCAAGCACGAAAUAGCAGGAAAACCAUUCCAGGAGACCUUUGUGAUCGAUGCAGGUGAAUUUAUACGGACCAACGUACCAGUUGAACUUGUGAUGGAAAACACUGAGAGAAACCAAAAAGUUCUUGAAUUUUCAGCAAGCUCUGAUGUCUCCGUUUACGGUCUGAUGUAUCAAGAUUACACCACUGACGGUUUUCUCGGUAUACCAACAAAUAAUCUCGGCAUGCAAUACGUGGUGAUGACGUCAAGACCAUUAGUUGACCAAAACUCGCAGUUUGCUGUCAUUGGGACAGAGGAUUCCACUUUGGUUCAGGUUAUAUUACGAGGAGCAGUUACAUUCGAAGGGCAAAGCUAUAGUGCAGGUGAUGUGUUAAGAUUCACUAUCAAUAACUUAGAAGCCGUUCAAAUCCAAGGUCAGAGUUCGGAAGAUUUAACUGGAAGUAUCAUUCAGAGUGACAAACCAGUUGCUGUGUUCAGUGGCAAUGAAUGCACAAACCACGCUGGUUCAUAUUGUGACAUGGUGACUGAGCAGUUGGUACCAGUUAAGAGCUGGGGACAGAGACACAUCUACACCGCGGCCCGCAGUGACGAUGACAACAUCUACCGAAUUGUUGCUUAUUUCAGCGAAACCAAUCUCACCAUCCCCGGAUUUGAACACCAGUCGUUGGAACCGGGUGAAUUUUGGGAAGGGCGUCUUUCGGGUUCCGGCCUCAUUAGGUCAAGCAAACCCGCUCUGAUGAUGCAGCAUUUGGCUUCCAUCAAUGGUAUCACAGUCGACCCCUCCAUCAUUCAGGUUCCUGCAGAAGAACACUUUGGGUUUGUGUUUGGAUUCACGACCCCUCCUCAUUCUGGAGGUGAUUCCGGUGGUUACUUCAAUUUCAUCAACAUCAUUGUGAAAAAUGAAUCUCGACAAACUGUGUAUCUUAACAGUCUUCCAAUCAACGGCUCAAAUGUACACGAAAGCGAUGUUCCUCACACCAAUUACGCAUCACUUACAGUUCAACUUCCAAAGGGUGAAGGUGUCUACUAUGUCGAGCAAACAGAUCCGUUUUCAUCACCCCUGUCUGUCAUUGUCUAUGGAUAUGAAGACGCCGAAUCCUAUGGCUAUGCCGCUGGUCUGUCUCUCCCCAGCAAUAAACAUGUUCUGAGUUUGACACCGUACUAUUUGCGAGAACUUGGUGGCGAGCUAUUCACGAUGACUGUUCCCUGUUUGCAAACAAAUGCUAUAUCCUUUCAAAUUGCUGCAAAGUGCAAAUUUGCCACUGGCUUUGGAGACGUCAUUGUUUCUGGUGAACGCACUGACCCUUACACUGUUGUCUGUAUCACUCCUACUUUUUACAAGAACGGACUUACAUCUGUCUAUGUAUCACUUGACGAUGGUGGAUCAUUUCCAUACUCCGGCAUUGUCUACGUUGCAUCUGAAGAGGAUCUGCCGCCACUAGUUCAAAUCCAACAGGUGAAUUCCGAGUAUGAAGAUGGCAUCAUUGACCUAACCUCAGAUGGUCCGAUCAUGUUAUCCUGGGAUCCUAGAAGUCUUGGUGAAGGAGUUUCACAUGUGACUGUUAUGAUACAAGACACAGAUUAUGACAGCGAUGGGAAUCCAGUCUUGAUGGAUGGUGUUGCAGUGAAGAGCAAUGUUUUGAACAACGGUAGUCUGAUGAUAUAUCCAAGCGAGCUUGACUCUCUCAUUGGUGAUGGUUUGUCUCUUCGAGCAACAUAUCUCACACCAUCGGCUGUGCGCAAACGAGCUUUGCCAUUAGUGAUGGUAUGGGCCAUUAGAAUCUAUAAAGUUUUGAAAAUAGUGAAAAGAAUCUGCAAUAUUUCCAAAUAUCACUUCAAAACCACUGUUCCCACUGAAAUUCCUGCGUGUCCUUGCAACACAGGACAAGCUGACCGAGACCAGAACUUCCAGGAGGCGAAUUUUGCGAAUUCCUUCUUCCAUCCGGGUGCUGAGAACUGUUACCGGUCUGUUAAUUCAUUGCCGACUGGAGCAGGUCAACAGUGUUGUUACGGAACAGACGGUAAUAUCCUGGUAGGUCCCCCUGGGGGAGGAACAGCCGAUAGGUACAGUCCAGGAGAGCAUUUCUGGAAGCAUCAAUGGUUCGAUGUCCUUCCUUGGCUUUGCUUAUGCAAACUGUCAAACAACUGUAAAGAAUAUCACAAGUACAGGCCAUCGGAUGAUUGUUCUGACUACGACCCACCUCGACCGGCUGGGGGCACUGGGGAUCCUCAUCUUACAAGUCUGGAUGGCUACAAGUUCACCUUCAACGGAGCUGGAGAAUUUCUGAUGGCGUCUUCUGCAGUACAUAACUUGACCUUUCAAGCCCGUAUGGAGAGGUACCGCAACACCAACGCCUCUGUGUAUACGGCAUUCGUUCUUCAAACCAACGAUUCCUCCAAAGUCCAGGUGCAGAUGUCUAACAUGAACGAGACACUGAUUCUUGUAGAUGGUGAGCCGUUGCGUCUUGACUCCAUCCCCGUCAAAGUUCAUCGCCUCAGAGGUGUUCGAAUCCGCCUCAACUCUGACAUGACCAAAGUCAACAUAGCAUUCAGUGCUGGCAUUGCUGUCACCGUUUACAUUGAUACCGAGGUGAUGUCGUUCAUCGCUCAACUGGACACCAAGUUCCAGGGUCAAGUUCAAGGACUUCUUGGUAACCUAAACGGAAACGCAAAUGACGACCCUCAGUUCCCAAACGGAACCAUUCUGGAGCCUGGUUCUUCGCUGAAAGAACUUCACGAUUUUGGUUUGGAGUGGUUGGUGGCUCCAGAGGAGUCCAUAUUCACCUACAUUUCCCCAUUUGACUACAGCACAUACCACUUUCCUGAGUUUUCCCCGACCUUCGAGAUUCCUGAUCUGAACGAAGUGAGUCAGGAAAUCAAGGACUUGUGUGGCGAUUCCAUUGAGUGUGUCUUUGAUGCGGUAAUCACCGGCAGCCUGUCUUUUGCUAACGAGACUCUUGUGGUGACAGUCACAAUAACUGAAGUCCAGAAAGGAUUGGUCAAGAUUGUCAGCUGUGGCUACCCGGGUGAUGUGGAGAACGGAUUGCUGUCCGGGUCUGUGUAUUUCGUGAAUGCCACUGUAGAUGUGGCUUGUGAUGAUGGCUUCACCUUGAAAGGGUCUUCCAGAUUGACCUGUCUUGAAGAUGGUCAGUGGUCGUCUGAUCUGCCUGUUUGUGCUGGCAUGGAUAAUGGCGAGGAGGGAGGACUAACUCCUGGCAUCAUAGCUGCUAUUGUUGUUGGUGCCGUGAUUGUUGUACUUGCUAUCUGUGGUCUGAUUUACAUUUUCGUCAAGAGAAAAUAAGUUUCAACAACAAAAGAAAGACACGUCUUGAAACAAACCACAGUUUCUUUACAGCUGAAUUACACUGUAGAGGUAUCGCAAGAGCAGUGGUAAAUUAUUUGUUUGUUAUCCCGAUCGUUAUAGCCAAAUCAACACACUAAGUAAAGUACAUUAGUUCAUUUUUAAUCGCGCUUAUAAUAGGUCGGGUGUAGACCUUCAAGCCAGCUUAUCAGAUAAAAUUUCGCUCAGAUUACCAAGACAACAUAUGAAGUGAAUUGCUCAGAUUACCUGCCUAUAAUAACAAGGAUAGGAGUCUGGAUCGGAUGCAUAUUUGUUUCCUUGGGUGGUUUUAAGCAGUAUAGGCCUCGUAGCCCUAGUUACACGUGUACAGCGAUUUUUAGCAAAGGUUGAAGUUUAAAUGUAGAAUGUAAGAAUAUUAAUCUUGUUAAUUACAAUGCAUAACACAUACAUUUCAGUGUUGUACUCCUUAAGAGGCAAUCAUGUUGUGAAACAGGUUCCUUUCAAGAGGCAACUUAUAUUAUUUAAACCGAUAAAAAAGUAACACGACCCGAGAAUUGUUUCAGUAAAACUAAAAGUAAGCAGAAUUUGUUACAAAACCAAGUAACUGUAUGAAUGGUUUGUCGUAAAAAUGAAUUGAGUUCUGAAAACAACAGUCAUGCAUGUAUUCAUAUACCAACAUGUUAUGUUUACCAAUUUUAUUAUGUAGAAAUGAUUGCUCUAGUUACGUCAUUACAAUAAAGGGAGUGUAGUUUUAUAUCGUUUAUGAGUUUUAUAAUGUUAAUGGCUGUAUAGUGGUGUCUUAAACUUUGCUUCACGGAAACUUUACCAAUAUCCGUUUUUUUAGACUUUUCUUUAGAGUAGGUAUAUUUUAUGAUAUUUAUAAUUUAGAAAUGAAAAAUGUUUUGAUUGAUUUCAGGAUUUAAUAUCAAGAAAAAAAACAAUUCAGCUUUUCAUUUUAGGUUACACAGACUUUUUAACCACCUGUUGCCGUUGUUUACUUAUGUACAUGUAUUGUGUUUUUAUUUUAAACGUUGGUUUAAAAUCAAUAUUGUAGUUAUCUAUAAAAUACUUAGAUUGUAACUAAUGUGGAUGAGUUAAUUGAAGGGUUUUCAAUAGAUAAGAAGACUGUCAACAAGCUAAAGGACCAGGACAUGAAUUUUACUUGGGAACAUAUAUUUCGCAACUUUCUAUUCCUCUUAAUGCAUGAAAACUAUUUGAAUCCCAUUGUUGGUUAACAUUGUUUAAAAGUGCACUUCUAUACCUGCAUUUCCUGACAACUGAGGGAGCUCUUGCUGUGUAGUCUCUUUAGGAACACACUUUUCAGUUUAGUGGUUUUCUGUUCAAAUUGUGAACCCAAAAAUUUGUGAGAAAAGUUUUUGGACAAACGCAAAAUUUGACUAUGAUGGAAUUAACGAAAAGUGUAAACUAUUUCCGCUUUAACGAAUUACAGCGCGGUAGAUUGAAAGACUUUUCCAGUAAUGUUGAUGGGCAGGAAAAGAUAUCAUUUAAUUGGAGGCUAUUGUUAUUUACAUGGUGUACUCAGUAAAAUUGGUUGAAUUUGUCGUUGAAGUAUGCUCAGAUUUGGAAAAUUGUCUUGUAAACGAUUGCAUUAAAAGGUUUUAAUUAAAACGUACAGAAAUAUUGCAUUGAACACGAAAUAUUCUCGCUUUUAAUUAUUACAGCGAAGUAGAUUUAAAGGCAAUUAAUUACAAUUGAGUGUGUGGGAUAUGAUAUCAUUGGGUUUAAUUUAAUAUGCAAGGUGUACUUUAAAAAAAAAAUGUUUUAAUUAAAAUGUGCAGAAAAAUUGUUUUUUUUUUCACACAAUAUUAUCGCUUUUAAGUAUAAUAGCGAAGUAGAUUGAAGUAUAAUCAAAUGUAUGGGAUGUAAUAUCAUUGAGUAUGCCAGGUGUAUUCGCGUAAAAGGUUAUAUUACAAUGUGGAGAAAAAUUGCAUUUGCUAUAAAAUAUAUGUUCUGCCUAGAAUUAUUACAGCGAAGUAGAUUUAAAGGCCUUCGAGUGUUGUUUUUGAUUUCAUAUCAUUGUAAAUUAGUUGAA